ACACACGAAGUUCUGAAGAGUCUCACUCUUUCCACCUGCCCUGUUCCACCUUCUGGUGUCAACAGCCCCCAACUCUGUUCCGACAGGCAGCAAAAAUGAAAACCAUUACUUUGUGGCUGGAUUGUUUGUAAUGCUGGUACAAGGCAGCUGGCAACGUUCCCUUCAGAAUACAGAGGAGAAAUCCAGAUCAUUCCCAGCUCCCCAGACUGACCCUCUCGAUGAUCCAGAUCAGAUGACUGAAGACAAGCGCCACUCACAGGGCACAUUUACCAGUGACUACAGCAAGUAUCUGGACUCCAGGCGUGCCCAGGAUUUUGUGCAGUGGCUGAUGAACACCAAGAGGAACAAGAAUAACAUUGCCAAACGUCACGAUGAAUUUGAGAGACAUGCUGAAGGGACCUUUACCAGUGAUGUAAGUUCUUAUUUGGAAGGCCAAGCUGCCAAGGAAUUCAUUGCUUGGCUGGUGAAAGGCCGAGGAAGGCGAGAUUUCCCAGAGGAAGUUACCAUUGUCGAAGAACUCCGUCGCAGACACGCUGAUGGCUCCUUCUCAGAUGAAAUGAACACUGUUCUCGAUAAUCUUGCCACCCGAGACUUUAUAAAUUGGCUCCUUCACACCAAAAUUACUGACAGUCUCUAGGAAGUAUGUCACUAAUCAAGAUCGUGUUCACAACAUCACCUGCCAGCCAUGUGGGAUGUUUGAAAUUUUAAGUUCUGUAAAUUUAAGAGGUGUAUUCUAAAGCCAUAUUGCUUUGCAUGCCAAUAAGUAAAUUUUCUUUUAUUAUUGUAUAACCAAAAGAUUAUAAAUGGAAUAAACCAUUCUCAAAAUAUUACUAAAAUAUCAGCUUUAAAAUAUCAAAGUGCAGAAUUCUAUUUCCUUCUUAUUUUGGAUGAAGUAUCCUAACCUGCUUACAUGUGGCCUUGAAAUUGUUUUCUAUUAUAUAAUUUGUAUAUAUAAAUUGCACCAAUUGCAACAUAUCUGCAUUACAAUAAUAGGAUAAGGGGAGGACUGGUAGCCACAGUUGUGAAACUGCAAAGAGAACUUUCUUCUUGAAACGAUUAUCAUAGAACUGGUCAGCUUUCAAAGAUAGGCAAAUAAAACUUUCUAGCUCUUCA